AUGAAGGUCCGGCGUAGGAGCUUGCUGCAGCUGAGGAAGGUCGCUGUUAUAUUCUUUGCAAUGAACGCCUUUGCCUCAGCUAAUACUGCUCCCUCGCUUUACGAUUACAAGUAUGAUGGUACCACAACAUACUGCUAUUGGAUGGAUCAAGGCAUGCAGGUGACCAACCUAGACUUUGCCUAUGUUCUCCAGCAAGGAACGGGUUCUGAAUGCCCGCUUACCGUCUCCUUGGAGCAGACUACGACCGGCACCAUUGUCGAAGGCAGUGAGGUUGAGUACGCUUUCACGGCGACACUAAAUCUGAACGAUAACGCUUUUGAUAUUACCGAGCUACAAAUGGCGGUUGCUGACCCGACCACGGGCGUUCCCAUGCAGGUCGGUCACGCUAACAUCCACACGUGCGCACGCUCUACCGUGUGCGAUGUUUUCCGAGCAGGAGGGAACCGCAAAAUUGCUGAUCAGGAAACCGCCAACUUUACUAGCGAAGGCACCGCCAGCUUUCGUCAGAAAAUCACGUAUAACAGCGCCGGUGAGCGAAAUGUAUUUGCGCACAUUAUUCUGCCGCCGAAGGACUAUCUGAAGAAGAGUUAUCACUUUGUAUCGUUCAUAACGACAAAUGUGGAGGCAAGCACGUCGAGUGCGGAAGAUGAUUCAGGGUUGCCGACGAGUGUAACGGUGGGCAUGAUCAUUGGUGGAGUAGCUCUUGUCAUUGUCGUCAUUCUGUCGGUCGUGUUUUGGCGUGGUAAGCGCCGACCUGGACCGGAAACCGACCAUUUCCGCAACAGUGGCUUUGGACUACCAGCUUCCUACGCCGCUAACAAAUCCAAGUCCCAUUUGGACUGGAACGCUGAGCCUGAGGUACGAUUGACUUCACACGGCUCUGGCUUCAAGGACAACUAUUCGGCAGGAAAUCGGUCCAACGGCUGCCGUGGCCCAGGCCUGAAUGCGAGUGCCCUCGCGUUUAAUGACCGAAAUAGCCGCCAGAAUAAGACGGUGUCGUCAUCAGGUUCUCUUUACUCAAGUCGUGGUCCUGGUGACUCUGGGCUCAUUUACAACAAUUACGACACGCCGAUGCAGCGGUCUGGCAAUAAAUUUGGCGCUUCCGGAUGCUCUGCGAGAGACCCAUUUGGCAACUCACAGUCGAUGUAUCCCGAGGACUCGAUGUACGAAGGUGAGUCUCGUAUUGUCGAAGAAGACCCGAACCUUGAAUAUGGGCGUACACCUGACCUCGAGACUUUCGGCAUCGGGCCUGAUGGGAGAGGGCCAUCGAUGGAUAGCGAAACCUCGAUGGGCUCUUCCUUCGAAUACAAAACGGACGGCUCGCAUUUCUCACAGCCUGCAAUCAAUCCGCUUCUUAGUGGCUAUGGGCGCGAAUCAGACCUGUCGAGCAUGGGUGAAACUGAGGAAUACGACAUGUAUGAGCAGCGACCUCCUCGCAUGCGUGGUGACACGAUGGAUGCCUUGCUCAUAUCUGGGCCCGACGAUAACGGCAGAGAUGUUGGCGAAAAUCGUAGCAGCUCGGUGUCCUCGAUUGGAACUGUGGACUUUACGCAAGAUGAACCUUCUGUUCGUAACCAAAAGCCAAUUAUAUUUGAGCCCCUGGAUGAGACGCUAACAAUGUCUGCCAUUGCAAAGGCAAAGGUGGCAAAACCUGAUCAUGCCAACUCCAAUGGGCUUGCUAACACCAAUGCUAGCGACAACAUCGAGUUUGUUGUUCAUGAUAACAGUAUAGCUAAUUUUGCGAAUUCGAACGUCAGCUCCGAUUUUGCCAGCACUAUUAGCUCGGUCGACAUUGAUGCCAAGAUGAAGUUUGACGAUACCAUGAACAGUGCGAGCGAAUACGCAGGCGACAUAGUCAGUGCCGCGGACCUUGUAGGUCCUGCUGAUUUUGAGUCUAGCACUGUGACUGAUAUCGUUGCUAGUUCUGAAUUCAGCGCUAGCAAAACUGGCGAUUUUACGAAGCCAAGCAGCCAGAGUGACUACGAUGAAAAAAGUAGCUUUUGCAGUGACUUGGAGGGAUCUAGCUAUAGCUCUGGUCUCAGCGGCUCAAGCUAUGGUACCGAUGGGACGGGGAGUAGCUAUGGCACGAACGUUGCUGACUCGGCAAUUAAUGCGACCAAGACGGAAAACGACUUCAACAACACACAGUCUACGUACGAUUUUCAUGACCAAUCGUUCUGUGCAUCUGACUCUUAUGUCUCGAUAGCAUCAGAUGACGACCCACCACCUAGCGAGGGCAUCCGGCCGAGACGUGUAUCUUCAGCUGACGGGGAAAGCUACGAAUUCUAG